ACAGCUUAACUCUUCUUUCUCUUUCAUCCUGUAUGAAAAGCACAUGUGCAACACCAUCAAUCUGUCAAUAGAUUAUAGAUAAUAGUCAACUUUCAGACGAAACCAGAAGGGAAAAGUUACAAAUGUCACAGAUAAACCGUCUUUCUGAGCUGAUCCGCACUCAGCAAAGCAAGACAUCGUUUAUUUGCGGUGGCACCAUUGCUGUCCGUACUGAUAAGAACGAUUCAGAUAUCUCUUGGACUAGGAUUCGGACCCAGCCAAUGCAGCCUAGCCCUAUCAAUAUUUACUGGACAUCCAAAGACAAAGGUGGAGUAAACAAGGUCACGCUGCCGAUCGAGGGUGAUGGAGACUCUAAGGAAAUAUCUCGUGUUAAAAAGCUAGUCUGCAACUGGUAUCCUACAUCGUGGAAGAGGCCGAGCAGACAUGCUUGA